GGGCGAGUCCUUGAUGGAGGGGGUCUCGACGGUGUUGCGGGGGAAAUGUUGGGACAAUGCGGCGCUCCAAUGGCGAAGUCGGAGGCAUCAGUGGUGACAUAGAAAUGGCGAGUGGGGUCGGUGAUCUUGAGGACAGGGGCCGUGGUGAUGGUUUGCUUGAGAAAGUCGAAAGCGUGUUGGCGGCGAUUGUUCCAAUUGAAGGGCUCGUCCUUGCGUGUGAGUUCGUGGAGAGGGACUUGGCGAAUGUGCUGAAGGUGGGACUCGAAGGUGGGGCUAAAGAUGAGGAUGUCAUCAAGGUACACGACGACACAGACUUCGAGGAGGUCACGGAAGAUGUGGUUCAUGGUGGACUGGAAUGUGGCGGAGGCAUUGGUGAGUCUGAAAGGCAUUAUGAGGAACUCGUAGUGCCCGAACCGAGAGCGGAAUGCGGUCUUGUGGGUGUCCUCCUCGCGGAUACGGAUCUGGUGGAAGCCACUGCGGAGGUCGAUCUUGGUGAAAUAUUUGGCUCCACGGAGGCGAUCAAGAAGUUCAGAUAUCCGGGGGAGUGGGUACUUGUUCUUGAUCGUGAUCCGGUUCAAGGCACAGUAGUCUGUGCACAUGCGGAGUUUCGAGGUACCGUUCUUCUUGACGAAGAGAUAACUGGUUCCGAAGGGGGAGGAGCUAGGCUUAAUGAAUCCUUUUUCAAGGAGUUCAUUGAGCUGGCGCUUCAUUUCUUUGGCCUCGGGGACGGAGAGUUGGUACAGAGGGCGGCAAGGAGGAGAAUGACCGGGCUCGAGAUCAAUGGUGUGGGAUACACCUCGAUCGGGAGGUGUAAAUUUCUGGAGACGGCGGGGUGGAGAGGAAGAAGGUGGUCGGGAGGCGCGAUCCGGCCGUUCCAUCCGCAUAAGGUGGGCGACCUGGAGGUCUCAAUGGUGAAUUGGGAGGGGUCGAGAGGUGGGUGGAGUGGUGUCGUCAGGGGUGAUGUUAUGGAAGAAACGGGGGCAGGAGGGAGCGGGCGCGGACUAGUGAUGGGGGUGGAGGAGUGGAUUGUGGUGAAGCAUGCGAGAGAGGAGGUUAGCAAGGGGCGUGUCGGGUUCGUGGGCGAGGGCGGUCGCAAGAUCUUUGUGGCAUACUCGCUUGAUGCGGGAGAUAAACGCAAAGUCGGGAAUGACGGUAGUGGGGAGGUGAUGGCGGAGGGAGCGGAUGUAUUGGACGAAGUGGUCCGUGGGACCGGUCUGGCGGAGGUGGCAGAAUUGUUCGAGGUAGUCAUCGAUGGUUUUCUGGGGGCGGAAGGUGGGAGUGAGAAGGUUGGCCCAUUGGAGGAAGGAGUGACGCGGUCCUCCGGAGGCAUGGCGGUUGCUGACUUCGGCCAUCCACCAUUUGGCAGCAUUGCCGAGGAGGUGGGAGGUGGCAAUGGGAAGCCAGUAGACAAGGGGCAUGUGGUGGAGCUUGAAAGAGUUCUGGAGCUGGGUAAACAAGAGGAAAACGUCCUCGAGGGGAAGACCGGAGAAGGGCAUGAUGUCGGCGGAUCGGAAGGAACGAGGGAUUUCCCCUUCGCGGGAAACGAUCCGGGCGAGGGUGUUGAAGUUAAAGUUAUCGGGGGUAGUGUCGUAGCAGGUGUAAUCGAAUUGGCUGUUGUCGUCAAGGAGGUAGUUGGGGGGAAGUUGUGGCAUUGCGGGGUAAGCCCCGGAGGUCCAGGAGACGAGAGGAGAUUGCGGAGAGAGGAUAGAGAGAGAGCAGCGGCAAGGAGAGCGAGGGCAGCUGACGAUUGUGCGAGGUCUAGAAUUCCAGCUAGCACCGGUACAACCAUGGCCACUUCAUCUACCAUGUCGCAAACCUCUUCACAGUCCACUUUGUCAGGAGUUAGUCAGAGUGGUUCUCAGGGGUCCAUUAGCCAGAGUGCUAGCUUGCGAGUCGGCCAACAGACUCAACUCACGCCGGAGGAUUAUGAAAUCCUCCAAGCAGAAGAACUUCAGGAUGAGCUACAGCGGCAAUUUGAUGAGGCAGCAGAGAGGAGAAGGAAAGCAAUCAUGAGGAAAGCUAGACUAGGCGUGGUAGAAAGGGAGGUUGUUCAUGCAAUAGAGGUUGUCCCAGGUAGUAAGGUGCCUAGAGGACGAAUCUAUAGGAUGUCUCCAGCGGAGUUAGAUGAGCUCCGCCGCCAGCUCAAGGAGCUCACAGAGAAGGGAUGGAUUCGACCUAGUACCUCCCCUUACGGCACUCCAGUCCUAUUCAUACCAAAGAAGGGAGGUACCUUGAGGAUGUGCAUUGACUAUAGGGGCCUCGAUGCCAUCACCGUUAAGAACGCGGAGCCCCUACCCCGCAUCGACGACCUCUUGGAUAGAGUGCAGGGAUGCAGGUACUUCACCAAGAUAGAUUUGAAGUCCGGAUACCAUCACAUUGCCAUUAGACUUGAGGACCAGCACAAAACGGCAUUUCAGACCAGGUACGGUCUGUACGAGUUUGUGGAGAUGCCCUUUGGCCUAUGCAAUGCACCUGGUACGUUCCAACACGCGAUGAACAUGAUUUGUCAUGAUUACUUAGACAAGUUUAUCGUCGUGUACCUCGACGAUAUUCUUAUCUUUAGUAAGCUUGUAGAGGAGCAUGCUGAGCACUUGAAAAUAGUGUUAGAUCUCCUAAGACAGCACCAGUACAAGGUUAACUUGGAGAAAUGCGAGUUUGGUCGCACCAAGAUCUUGUACUUGGGUCAUGAAAUCUCAGUUGAUGGACUGAGGCCGAAUGAUGCCAAGGUGGCCAGCAAAUGUGACUGGCCCAGACCUCAGACUGUUACUGAGGUCAGAUCGUUUUUGGGGAUGACGGGCUAUUAUCAUCCGUUGUGAAGAACUAUAGUACUAUAGCUUCCCCACUAACAAAUCUAACUCGAAUUG